AUGACCUCCAGUAAAGACAUGAAAGCAGGUUCAGUUUUGCAAUCUACGAGCGACGAGAGGAGACGAGGUCCUCUGGAUCAGCUUCCACCCCCUGCUAACUCCAACAAGCCCCUAACUCCGUUCAGUAUUGAGGAUAUCCUGAACAAACCGUCCGUGAAGAAGUCGGUCGCGAAUUUGUGUCCGCCCCGCGUCCUCGAAAAAGUGGCCGGCGGCAGCGCUGUGCGGAACGGCCUCAACACCCCGUCCUCUCCCUUGUGCGCUCUGGAGGAGUUAGCAAGCAAAACUUUCAAAGGGCUUGAAGUUAAUGUUAUACAAGCUGCAGAAGGUCGGGAACACAUGAACGCGUUUGGCCAGAGGCAGGUAUCGAAAAAGCGGCGGAAGUCUCGCACGGCCUUCACGAAUCACCAGAUCUACGAACUGGAGAAGCGCUUCUUAUAUCAGAAGUACCUGUCACCUGCAGAUCGGGAUCAGAUCGCGCAACAACUCGGCCUUACAAAUGCACAAGUCAUCACCUGGUUCCAGAACCGACGAGCCAAGCUCAAGAGAGAUCUGGAGGAGAUGAAGGCGGACGUGGAGUCGUUAAAGAAGAUUCCCCCGCAGACGCUGCAGAAACUUGUGACUAUGGAAGACAUAGAAGAUGCGCAAGGAGGCUCAGCGCCCAUGUCUCCGAGCGCGUCCCCGACAGCGCACGGGAUCCGAGUUUACCCACAGUCGCCGCCUUCAUCCCGAGGCCAAACCACGGAUGAGUUUUCUGAGGAGGACGAGGAGAUCGAGGUGGACGAUUAAGACUCAUCAUUUUCCGAACAAGGCGGUUCUUUUCUGUGCUGAAGAACGGCCGUUUUUAUUUACACAACUUUUGCACGAAUGUUGAAGUCGGACGAACUUGAACUGAAAGGCUGUUUUCUUUCUUUGUUAUGUUUUAAUUUAUUGGAAGGAUUGUCAAAGCCUCCACGAGUGACCACGUUCUGAAAACAGGAGUACAUUUUCAGGAUGUGACAAAUGAUACGAUUGUGGUACAAUGACUGAAACGUGUAUGUACAUUUUCAGGGUUAUUAUAAGCCACGUAAUAAGGGGAAACUGUGUGCAAUUACUUAGCACCGUUUAUCACCAUCACACAAAUUAAAGUUAUAGCUGCUCUAAUCUUGAAUCUGCUUGAUUUGAAUCUUGCAAUUUGACAAUAAUUUAAUAAAAACCAAUAGUUUUAAUUGAUUAUUGAAAAUUAGUAAAAUUUUUGGAACUGUUUUCUUUUGCAUAUGGUCCCUAACCCUGAAUGAAAGCCACUUUUAUUAAAACUAAAGAGAGCCUCAUUAACAAACCAGUCACAUUAUAGUGGGCAGGGUUGUGUGUAUAAAUCACUUUAUGAUGCAUUUACGAGUUAAAGUUAUUGUAACAUUCUAU